CAAUAUUUGUCUAAUAAUUCCAACAUUUUUCUAAAAAUAUACUGGUUCACUUUAAAUUUAUUUUAAAAUAUAAACAAUAAUAUCAUAUAUUAAAAAUGUGUGACAAAAAUACCAAUGUCAAUUAUAUAGUGCGUGAAAUGAAAUUAUCCGAUUGCAGGGAAGUGCAUGAAAUCUUGGAGUCCGUCGGCUUUCCGACACAUAAACACCAAUCAGAAGUUAUUAUGAAUAUCGACCCCAACGGCCAGUAUGUGGCCCAGGAUAUAGACACCGGAAAACUGUUGGGAUACUUGUGUGGUGUAAGUGUGACUGAGGAUUUGGCCUACUUUGGUUCCUACAGUGUGCGACCAGAAUACCAGGGUCAGGGUAUUGGUAAAGCAUUGUGGGCUAAGACUAUCGAACACUUGGGCGACAGAAAUCUCGGACUUUUAUCGCAUAAACAAAAUACAUUUGAGUUUUACAGAGAUGUCCGUAAUUUUCGGUAUAUUUCCGACAGAUGUGUGAUUGUAAUGGCCGGUCCACUGACCCCUAACCCACAACUUAUUAAUAAUAUCGAUGGCAUCUCUUUGGUGACCAUCGAUGAACACAAUGUCCGCGAUGUCAUUGAAUACGACAAACACGUUAGCGGUUUAGACCGCAGUGUACUCAUUGAGAGCUUAUAUAAAAUCCCAGAAAAUAUUAAUCUACUAGCGAUUGACGACCAUGGUCAUGUGGUGGGUUAUUGUUUCAUACAUGAAACAAAUAUGAGGCUAUAUUCAGUUGAGCCCCUGGAAAUACAAGAAAUCUGGGAGUCCGUCGGCUUUCCGACACAUAAACACCAACCGGAAGUUAUUAUGAAUAUCGACCCCAACGCCCAGUAUGUGGCCCAGGAUAUAGACACCGGAAAACUGUUGGGAUACUUGUUUGGUGUUAAUGUGGCUGAGGAUUUAGCCUACCUUGGUUCCUACAGUGUGCGACCAGAAUACCAGGGUCAGGGUAUUGGUAAAGCAUUGUGGGCUAAGACUAUUGAACACUUGGGCGACAGAAAUCUCGGACUUGUAUCGUCUGAACAAAAUACAUUUGAGUUUUACAGAGAUGUCCGUAAUUUUCGGUAUAUUUCCGACAGACGUGUGAUUGUAAUGGCCGGUCCACUGACCCCUAACCCACAACUUAUUGAUAAUAUCGAUGGCAUCUCUUUGGUGACCAUCGAUGGACACAACGUCCGCGAUGUCAUUGAAUACGACAAACACGUUAGCGGUUUAGACCGCAGUGUACUCAUUGAGUUCUUUUAUAAAAUCCCAGAAACCAAACCAGAAAUUAACGUACAAGUGUUGGGACAGUAG